AUGUCCGAAGUAAAUACGACUCCAGAAGUCGUACCGAAUGUAGUGAAUGAUAAGAAUUCAACACAGAAUACCGCAGAAAAUGAUGAGAUUAAAGGAGAAGAAUCCUUGAAACAAAACAAUGAUAAAGAUAAAGAAUCACCGGAUAAAAUCAUCACAAAAGAGGUCAUCAACGAUAAUGAUAACGAUAAAGAAGCGACCGAUAAUAAAAAAGUGGAGAAUGAAGAGCAGAACAAUGAGGUCAAACCACAAUCACCCUCCCAACAAAUUCAAGAUUGUCGCAAAACAUCUGAAGGCGACAGUGAAGAUGAUGCAGCGGCGCCGAAACGUCGUCGAACCACUUCGCUUGUUGCCGAUUCACCGUGCUCAAGUGAGAAUUUCAGCAUUUUCAUGCGAACAUCCUCUGAAGUAUUGUAG